GGCGGCUUUAUCGGCAAGACAGGAGAAGGGAAGGUGAGUACAGAACCAUCGCAAAGAUGGCGCCCUGGGGUUGUACCUGUCAGCCCUCAUCGUGGCUCUGGCUGCUGGUGGUGCUCAGGCCGGUGUGUUCGGUUGCUGUACCCCUAAACGAUGGAAUGCUCAGGUUCGAACCUUGCAACAGUCUGUGCACAUAGCUUCUGGCUCAACAGACUCAAAAGAAUUCCUGCAGGUCAUCAACUAUGAUGGAGAGAAUCAGCGAGUGUCUGUGGCAGCGCGGACCCCGGACAACGUGUUAAUCCGGACAGUUUUCGAUUAUCAGCAGAUGGUAGCUUAUGAAAUCGUUAAUGAGAGUGCUUGCAGCCGCAGCUCCCUUGUGAAACCAUUCCGUUCACUUUGUCUUCCAGAAAACGUGACGACAGUCUAUUUUGCUGGCAUCGGAGGCACACUGGGGGAGAACACAGCUUACUUCACUGACCAUGAGGCCACAGGCUACGUCACCGUUACCCUGGCUGACUGUGCAUUUGUUGCUGAAGCUGUCUACGGUGUUCAGGAUGAAGAUGCUGUGAGCGAAAAUACCCAGUACCUCAAUGAGACCCUCUCUAUCGACGCAGCCUCUUUCCGGAUUCCACCCUCUUGCCCCCAGGGAGAGAAACGGCGAGAAAUUCCUAACAGGCUUGGCAUGCUAAGAAAACUGUUGUCUGCGUGACAUUAGUCUUCACAAGAGUCUGACAAAAUACAUAUUUGGCACUAGUCUUUGCUCGGUUUGUAUAAGACUGUUAAAGUGCUCACAGGAUAUGUAUUGCAAUUAAAGCGUUGAGGAGUGUAAAGUUU